CAUCAAUCUUACAAUCAUGCAUUGCAAGCGCUACGAAGGAAAGAUAAUUGCUAAAAACUACAAUACUUUUCGACCACGUUAUCCAGAAUCUUUAAGUGAAGCUAUCCUUCAAUUUCUGGAUCAAAAACUUCCGAAAAGUUUUAGUAGGAAAUUGGCUUUAGAUGUUGGAUGCGGUUCUGGACAAAGUACAGAAUGUAUUGCUCCAUUCUUUGAAAAUGUUAUCGGUGUUGAUAUCAGUAAAGAUCAGAUAUCAGAAGGAAGAAAAAACAACCAAUUUGAAAAUGUUGAAUAUUUAGUUGGAAGUUUUGACAGACUUCCGGCCAAAGACAAUUCCGUAUCGUUAGUUAUCUGUGGAACGGCUGCUCAUUGGUUUAAUCCUAUUGAUGAAUUUUAUAAAGAAGCGAAAAGGGUUCUUAUUCCAGGUGGUUGUAUCGCAAUUUUUGGCUAUUCAAACUCUUUUAUUUCUGGAUUACCGACAUCCUUAAACAAUACGUUGAAUGUUUUUUUUCAAACUAUUUUUAGUAAAAUUACAACUGAAAUUCCGAAAGGAAUGGAAAAUUUGUUAAACGAAUAUCAAGAUUUCGAUAUUCCAUUCGAAGAUGUCAUCAGGAGCAACACAUUGUCAAUGUCAAAGAAGUCAACGUUUAACAGCUAUGUUGGUUUUUAUAAAUCUGUAUCUCUGUAUAGAUCGUACAAAGAAAAGAAUAACAAAGAUCCAUUUGAAGAAAAUACAAAAGAGUAA